UCACCACCUGUAACUGAUGGCAGAUACAUGUGGCCUUAGCAUGUGGUAUCGGAAAAAAGUUUGUAGAUAUACAUUCUUAUCUGUUAUAAUUUUGAGGACAUUUUUCGAGGUGAUAUUUAUGGUUAUAAUGAUGGAGUAACAUCUCGAAUGAAUGGCUGGCCCAAAAAUAUAAUCACUCCAGCGGGGGAGGCGAGUGCAGGGGCGGUAGGAGUUACAGGUGUUGCGAGUGCUACACCUGGAGCAACUGCGACUAGUCCUGGUGCUGCCAGCGUAGCUGCUACAACUGGAGCGGUUCCUGCUGGCGUGGCCACGGCGACUGGAGGCUUAUCACUCGUUUCGCCUGUCGCCCCGACACCAGACAUGCCAGAUGUUCUUACCUGUCCACGGCGACCUAACUUGGGUCAUGAAGGCCGUCCUAUUAUGCUUCGUGCCAAUCAUUUUCAAAUAUCCAUGCCUAGAGGAUUUGUACAUCAUUAUGAUGUUAAUAUACAACCAGAUAAAUGUCCAAGAAAGGUCAAUAGAGACAUUGUUGAUACAAUGGUACAUUGCUAUAAUAAAAUAUUUGGUACUUUAAAACCAGUUUUUGAUGGUAGAAACAAUUUAUACACUAGAGACCCUCUGCCAAUUGGUAAUGAUAGAGUUGAAUUAGAAGUCAUUUUACCAGGAGAAGGUAAAGAUAGAGUGUUUCGAGUGACUAUUAAAUGGGUUGCACAGGUGUCAUUAUUUGCAUUAGAAGAGGCACUAGAAGGUCGGACAAGACAGAUACCUUAUGAUGCAAUUCUUGCUUUGGAUGUUGUGAUGAGGCAUUUACCCUCCAUGAUGUACACACCUGUAGGAAGAUCAUUUUUUUCAUCACCAGAAGGAUACUAUCAUCCACUUGGUGGAGGUCGUGAAGUAUGGUUUGGUUUCCACCAGUCUGUUAGACCCAGUCAAUGGAAAAUGAUGUUGAAUAUUGAUGUGUCGGCAACUGCAUUUUACAAAGCUCAGCCAGUUAUAGAAUUUAUGUGUGAAGUGUUGGAUAUAAGAGAUAUUAAUGACCAAAGAAAACCAUUGACAGACUCUCAAAGAGUUAAGUUUACAAAAGAAAUAAAAGGCCUCAAGAUUGAAAUUACUCAUUGUGGUACAAUGAAACGAAAGUACAGAGUUUGUAAUGUGACAAGAAGACCUGCUCAAAUGCAAUCAUUUCCAUUACAAUUAGAAAAUGGACAAACAGUUGAAUGUACUGUUGCUAAAUACUUCCUAGAUAAAUAUAAAAUGAAGCUAAGAUAUCCACAUUUGCCGUGUCUACAAGUCGGACAGGAACACAAACACACAUACUUACCCUUAGAAGUAUGUAAUAUUGUGCCUGGCCAAAGAUGUAUUAAGAAACUGACUGACAUGCAGACAUCCACCAUGAUCAAGGCCACAGCUCGUUCAGCUCCUGACAGAGAGCGUGAGAUUAACAAUUUGGUUCGACGUGCGAACUUCAACACAGACCUUUACGUGAAAGAGUUUGGACUGACAAUAUCGAAUAACAUGAUGGAAGUACGAGGGCGCGUGUUGCCCUCGCCCAAAUUGCAAUAUGGAGGGCGUGUGUCGUCUCUGGGAGGACAACAAGCAUUGCCAAACCAAGGUGUUUGGGAUAUGCGAGGCAAACAGUUCUUUAUGGGUGUCGAGAUACGGGUCUGGGCGAUUGCUUGUUUCGCACCGCAGAGAACUGUGCGUGAGGAUGCACUAAAGAACUUCACUCAACAGCUACAGAGGAUAUCAAAUGAUGCAGGAAUGCCUAUAAUAGGCCAACCGUGUUUCUGCAAGUAUGCAACGGGUCCUGACCAAGUGGAACCCAUGUUCAAAUACCUUAAGUCGACAUUUGUUCAAUUACAGCUGGUUGUUGUAGUGUUGCCAGGCAAAACACCCGUUUACGCCGAAGUGAAGCGAGUCGGUGAUACAGUACUGGGAAUGGCCACUCAAUGCGUUCAAGCUAAGAACGUGAACAAAACCUCUCCACAGACAUUAAGCAAUCUUUGUCUCAAGAUCAACGUUAAACUUGGUGGCAUAAACUCCAUAUUAGUGCCUUCCAUACGUCCUAAAGUAUUCAACGAGCCGGUAAUAUUCCUUGGGGUAGAUGUGACACAUCCACCGGCCGGUGAUAAUAAGAAGCCGUCCAUUGCGGCAGUAGUGGGUUCAAUGGAUGCCCAUCCCUCGAGAUACGCGGCAACUGUACGAGUGCAACAACACAGUGAGAAUGACAGGCAGGAAAUCGUACACGAGCUGAGCAGCAUGGUACAAGAAUUGCUGUUAAUGUUUUACAAGAGCACCGGUGGUUUCAAGCCUCAUAGGAUCAUUAUGUACCGAGACGGGAUAUCUGAGGGACAAUUCAUACAUGUACUCCAGCAUGAGCUUACGGCUGUGAGAGAGGCUUGUAUCAAGCUGGAGGCGGAAUAUAAGCCUGGUAUCACAUUCAUAGUCGUACAGAAGCGUCACCAUACGCGUCUGUUUUGUGCGGAUAAGCGAGAGCAGUCCGGCAAAUCCGGAAACAUUCCGGCCGGGACCACCGUCGACCUGGGCAUCACACACCCUACCGAGUUCGACUUUUAUCUAUGCAGUCACCAGGGCAUACAGGGCACAUCUCGUCCAUCCCACUACCACGUGCUAUGGGACGACAACCACUUCGGUUCUGACGAGCUGCAGUGCCUGACGUACCAAUUGUGCCACACGUACGUGCGUUGUACGCGCUCCGUGUCGAUCCCUGCGCCCGCGUACUACGCACAUCUCGUCGCCUUCCGCGCCCGAUACCACUUGGUCGAGAAGGAACACGAUUCGGGUGAAGGCAGUCACCAAUCCGCCUGUAGCGAGGAUAGGACCCCCGGAGCCAUGGCGAGAGCUAUUACCGUACACGCGGCUACCAAGAAGGUCAUGUACUUCGCUUAGUAUGUUAAGUCAUACGGGGGAUUGCGGCCGCUACAAACAUAUAUCGGAAAUGUAAACAGCGAAAAUGCUUUAAAGUUAACAUGUCUGUUUAUAAUGAGAACUAAGUAAGCAAUUGUGUAAAAUCAACGUCAAUAGUUAGUAUAAAAAUUAGUUUAGCGCAUCACCACCAGAGGCGCUGUAAGAUUUGUGUGUGAAGAUUGCAUUGCCUCUUGUUCAGGCAGACGUGUUUUGUGUUUACGUUUAGUACGUCUCUCUAGAAUGGUAAUACUUGGUACUAUUUCAAACGUCAUACUGUAGUAACGUUUUUUAGAAUUUCAGUUUUUAUUGUUUAAGCGUGCAGUACUCAGCUCUCUCAUGUUAUAAAAUGAGACAAAACACCCAUCAACGUACGUUUAUGAAUAGGGCCGUAUUUUAGAUGUACGACGUAUGAACAAAGCACGCGAUAGCCUUAUAUUAAAUGUAAAAAAUAAAAGAAAUGAAAUGUUUUGCUUUAUUGUGCUAAAUGUGUGGUAGCAAUUAAAGGUGUUGUAUAAAAUUAUAAAUAUUUUGGGAUUUUAACAUAUUUUCGAAGAUAUACUGAGUGGUAUAUCGUCUUAAUAGAAUGUUUUAAUUUGUUUUUAGCAAGGGUGACAUGUUCAAGUGCACCAAAAGAAUAAAACUAGUUUCAAAGAGCUGAACCGAUACCCUAGUUAAAACAACAUUAAUAUUUUUUAUGAAAACAAAUAAUCUGUUUAAAUACAUUUACGAUUACUAAGAACCUUCUGUAAGAGGUUUGUUCUCAUCUGAAAUUUUGAAAUGCCUUAACUAAUUCUGGUGUAGUGAAGAUAACGUCAGACAAAACGUGUCUUAGUAUGUCUUUGUUACCGUGGUUACAAUUUUUAUUACAUGGAACUUCGUAACCAUGGCAACAAACAGAUUUUAUUCCAUAUUUUAUAAUAGUCGGAGUAAGUUUAUUAUGUAGGUUAAACGAUAUAGAUAUUUCUUCGAUUGUUAAAAAAUAAUUGUUAAAGUACUUUUUAAGAUUGACUUACAGUACCAAAACCAAUAACCAUAUUUUCGAGCUGUAUUGCCACCCGAGGAGCACCCCGGCUGAGCACCAAUGUACUUUCUGUCUAUGUUCACAUUUAAUACGCGCACGUUAAGAAAAACAAUUGAACACAAAACAGAUACAGAUAUGAGGGCCUGACCUAAAAGGAUCUAAAAGAAGCACCAUUGGCUUUUUUUAACCAUAUUUUGUUGAAUUUUUAAUUGAAUUUAAUUUUACGUUGUGUCGUUGAAUUCAUUUUUGUCUCUAGCCGUCAGCAAUGUUUCGUACAAAACAGGCAUAACGUUCUACCUAAAAUGGUAGACAUUGAAAAAAUCGAAAUCAUUUCUUAGCAUUCUUAGGUUUUCCAGCUUAAAGAGGUAGCUUCUCAACUAUUAUGGUUGCUAAGAAUGCAUCUAAAAUGGCGGAUCUUUCUAAAAUAUAUAAGAUAUUUGCAAUAAUAUAAGCGGAGUAUAUAUUACAUAGUGUAUAUUUUACAAUUGUAAUAAAUUAAUAACAACGCAGCCUUUACGUUAAAAUGAUGUAAUGUAUUACCUUAAGCGUUAAGUAACGAUUACUUAAACAAAUAUUAAGUAAUACAAUUUAUUAAUAUUUUAGGAAAUAAUCUCCUUGCGAAUAGAAUGAGUACGAUGAAUAUUAAUGUGCAUUUUAUGAAAAUUGUUUUGGUAAGGAUUAUCCAUUUUAUCUAUUUUCAAUUAUGAAACCCGUUCUUAGGUUUGUGUUCCCGAAUAUAUAUUAAAAUCAAAUCGAGUUUCGGGAUAUCAAUUAUUAUUUCUGUAGUUUCAGGUUUCUGAGAUCCAGUAAUUGACAUUUCAUUUUACGUGAAGUGACAAGAACACUUGAACGACCGAAGAUACAAUGUUAUGUUCUUGCACAUACUCUCGACACCAAUUAUGUUCCAGAUAAUUAGUUUAAUGCAGAUUAAACAAUUUAAUCGAAUUUUGUCAUCUGGAUCUUUUAAUUGCUAUACAAAAAAUAACACGAACGUGACAAGAUGUCGUGGGAAAACUCGUUUUGUUACGAAUACAUUUUUUAAAACUAUGAAUCGCGUUUAACAUUAGACGUAAAAUUAAGCACAAGACAUCGGUCUUAAGUUGUAUUCAUAAAGCCAACUAUGUCUUAAAAUAUAAAGAUAUUUUGAUCUCCAGAUAAUAUUUCAUGUGCCACGUAAUAUAUUAGAAGAUCGUUCUGGAGGUCGUUUCGAUACCGAGGAUUAGUUCUAGCAAUAAGUAAUUUAAAUAAAGCCUAUUCUUAAGUAGCGUAAGUGUUAGAUGAUUAGUAAAAUAUGCAAUAUUACACUUAUUUCAAGACCACUCCCCCUCCAUACCAAAAGUAAGGUACUCUACCGCCUUUAGUCGUAAGUGAUAUUUUUUUUUUAUUUUAGCUAUCUAUGGAUUUAAUAUUUUGUAAUAACUGAUAUGAAAUAUCGAUAGAUUUAUUUUAUGGCAUGUAGUCAAAUUUAUAAUCGACUCAAAAAUUCGAUCUAGUAAACUCUAUAUAGCGACGCUAAAGGUAUUUUCUGGCGAUAUAAAAAGUAUAUGGAAAGAAUCAUUAGUGUAUGGACCUGGCAACCCCACAAAAGUCGAGCAAUUUCGGCGUUUUUGGGAGUCAAGCGACGACGUUAUAUGGAGUUUGCGCUGUAUUUUAAUCAAUUUUUUGCUCUUCGUCACCACAUCAAUAAACUAAAAUUAUAUUGUGUUCAAAAUCAUGUAUUCAUUUAAGUAACACAAUGUACGCUUAUGAACGUCAUUAAGAAAUAACAUUUGGAUAAGGCUUCGUGCGUCGUAGAGUAUGUGUAGUAGGUAGAAGAUAUUUUUUAUAUUGCACUUUAUUGUGUAAACGUUUAAGAUUUCAGCAAAUAAGAUUUUGAUAUAGAUAAUAAUAGAUUCCAAAUUUCUUCGUGCAGGGUAUUUCGUUGAAAUAACGGUCCUUAUUCGAAAGAGACUACUGUCUUCAUAUUUAAAUGUAGCACUCCAAACGUGUAUUGAUAUACUAUUGUUAUAAAUUUCAAUUACAUUUUGUAGUUGCGCUUAAAUUAUUAUAAUAUAAAGUUUAGAUAAUAUUCUUUAUAAGCAUCGCGCAAAGGAAAGUUAUUAAAUUAAUAAUAAUAAUCAUUAAUAUGUAAUGAACUUUGGUUGUAUUUUUACAAGGGCUUUGUUAAAUGUAAGAAUUGUUUUUAAAUUCUAAUAUACAUAUUUUGGUAAUGUCAGCAUAUCAAAGCAUAACAAACAUUGUCAUGAAUUACAGUUGUGAUAUAAAUGCAGUUGUUUCUCAAUGUCAAACCGAUAUCUAAAAUGUUCUUAGGCUAUUAUUCAAGACGUUAGUUCUCAUGACAACAGGACAGCAAAAUAAUGAAAAGUUCGGACAUGUCUUUGAAUCUUAGGCUCGGAAAUGCGAGCGUAAUUUAAGAAUAUACAUUUUUAAGUAUCAAGAUGGUCAUGGUUAUUUCGAAAAAAAUCCUAAUAUUAGGGAAGUUUCAUUUACUAUCCAUGUUGAGGCAAAUAAAUUAUUAUGAAAUAAUAUUUUUUUUAAAUGGUCGCCAAUAAGAAAUAACAAAAAACCAACAAUGUCCCAAUAGAUUUUUAAUGUUUGCUACAAAUAAAACAAUCAUCAUAGUUUUGUUUUUCAUUGUACGAUUAGCUGUCAUUUAAGAACUUGAUUUAUUUGUUAUUAAUAAAAAUUCGAUGUUUAUUUAUAAGCGUGUAUAUUUCUUAAGAGUUCAAUAAAUUACAGUUGAAUUUGUAAUUAUAAUUAGGCAACACGAAUGAAAAGUAUUCAUUAGUUUGCAAAGACCCAAAUGCACAUCGUACGUAACGAUUCUGAAAUUAUUACGCAGUUAAAAAUUUAGCUUUUAUAAAUAUAUUAAGUCUCGAUUAAUCAAUUGACAUGGAACAAAAAUUGUUUAUAAACGUUUGUAACGGAGAAUAUAUCACCGUUUUAAUUUCACGAAUUGAAAAUUUUUAUAGUUAAAAUUACAAUAAGCUCAAAUCUUAAAUGCGUUUUGAAAUCAACUUUACCUCAAGGAUUUCUAUUGUAUGGACAAGUAAAGUUGUACAAUAUUACACCUAAAACUGUGGUAGACGCAUUUAAGUUUUAGGAAUAUUGUGCAGUUACUAAUCAUGUUCUUUAAUUUUUUUUAUUGCGCUCUCAACUCUUGCUUUGCUUAUGAAAGGUAAUAAUUAUGUAUAAAUAACUCGUAGCUCACGAUGGACAUAUUAUAUGUAAUAGGAUAAAAUUAAAUCUGUUUCUUUUAUUCAUUUUCUAAUAUUAUGGAGGUAAGUUUUAUUUUUCUAUGUCAACUAACUAAUUAAAAAUUCUUCCGCCUAUAGACAGCUAUUCCUAUAGUUAAAAGUUAGAAAUACCCACUAAAAUGCUUUUUAUGUUGAAGAUGUCCAAAGGACAACAAAUUUUGUUAAAGCUGUAGGUAAAAUAAAUUGUGUAAUUAAAAGCCAGUAUCCUUUUAAUACAUAACUUUAUUUUUCAUUUAAAAUGUAUGUAAAUAAUGGAAACACUUAUACGGAAAGCUAAGCAUCUUAUAAAAAUAUCUUUUUGAACUGCUCUUAACAUCGGACAAGUACAUAGACAUUGACUCCAACAAGUAUAAUUGUGUAUAUAAAAUUCUUUGCAAAGCUAAUAAUUGGUACAACGUGCCCCAUCAUAUUUUUCCAUUUAUAUUCAUUUAAUUUUUGUGUUGGAAUGCAAAUAUACGCCAAGAGACCAUUUACCAAAUUCAUUUAUUGCUAAGCCCACACCGCAGUCACAUAAGACCCUGAACACAAUAAUCUUAACUCUAGCAUAAUUAUUGUGGGGUUUACAGUGUUCAAUAGGUGAAGUAAAAUCUCCUGUUAAUCUUAAAUGUUUUCCAAUCAUGCAGAAAUGCAAGAUUAAUUAUUUAAAUGUCGAUGUCCUCAAAAUAGUAAUAGUAAUACUUUUGUUAUUAAGUACGAGUACCUUUAGAGAUUUCAGGCCAAUUUAAAUAUUGAUAAAAUUCAUAUAACAUAUUUCAACUCAUAAAAAUUUUGUACUGGAAAACAUUAAGAUGAGGAUUGCUACUAACGAGUGUGUAAUUGACAUGGCUCAUAAAUUUUAGGUCGGUAGAAACACUUGUCAG